UUGAAAUAUUCCAGAUGGAGCAACAACAUUGGUGUUCAUUUUGUCUGAUCCCUUUUAAAAAUGAAUUGAUUUUAAGAGCUCAUCUUAACAUUCAUGAAAAACAACCACCAAUUUCCUGCAGUUUGUGUCCACUGACAUUUGUACAUCAUAGUCAAUUAGGGAAUCAUAUCAGAUAUAGGCAUUCAGAUUACAUCAUUAACUCGUUUAUUGAAAAUGCUAAAAGAAAUUAUAGAAAGACUAUAACAGACAUUAAAACUGAAAUAGAAUCUGAUUCCGAAUGGACAGACAGUUCCGAAGAAGAAGACUGUAUAACAAGUAGUGAAGGAGAAGCAUUUUUGGAGGAAAACAAUAAAAUAGUCACAAAAGACUAUGAACGAACGAGAGAAGCCGUACCAAACAUUCCGAAUGAAAUGAGGUACAUCCUUUCUCAAAAAAAGAUCGAUGUUUCUGACUCUAAAUAUUCUCUUAGCCAAUUUGAUUCAAAAGAAUCAAAUACCAAACAUAUGAACAAUUCGGAUGGAUGGCAUGGGAACACAACGGACUGUGAUGUUUCAUUUCUUGACAAAUUAGAAAGGGAAAAAGAAGCAAGACAUCUCUCCGAUGAAACAAAAAUGUUUUCUACUUUUAAAGACAACUUACCUCUUAUUUCUACAAGGCACACGUUACUGCAGCACAUGAAGUCGGUGAAUAACAAUUCAGAGGAUAUUGAGUGUAUUCAACGUCCUAGUUAUAAUUUUGAAGAUGACAAGAAUGACCCUAAGCAAAACACAAGGGAUGAGUGGAUUGAGGAAGUUGACGGAGACAGAGACGAACUGAAUUAUGAACAAAACAAAGCUAUGACAGAACAUGAUGCUGCUGGCGCUAAUAGAGGAGACCCAAUACCAUUUAAUGAAGACCAUGAGUGUGGAAGGAAGCCAUCGACAUACUAAAGGGUACUUUUAUGAAGAAAAAGAAAAGAAGCAGGAACAAAGGACGGUUCGCUUCAGAAAAAAUAGUUUCCUUCAAGAAAUGGUUAACUGCUAACUUUCCUUUGGAAGGUGUCAUUUGUGGUUGUGGAAAAACUUUAAAACACCGGACUCUGUUGUAGCCCACCUACGAAGAAAAAGCCCCAUAGCCCGAAAAAAUGUCAAGUUAUAUAAAAUUGGCAUAUAAUCAAAGAUAAGAAAAUUCUUGUGGUGACGAUAAUAGUUUCAUGCAUAUUUUGAUAAGUAAGCUCUAACGAAGGCGGAAAGAACUAAACUAUAAAUGUGCAAGAUUCACGA